UAUUAUGUGAAAACAGAAAGUGAAAGAGAUCACGUCUCAAGCAAGCUAAAUAAAUGCUGACACAUUCUGGCCAUCCUUAUAUCUAUCAAAACGAUAAAGAAGAAACACUUUAAAAAGAAAAAAGUCGGACAGGUGGUAGACUAUCACUUUCAUAUAGCAUCCGUCUCAAAACAUUGAAGCUCAAGUUGAAAUUUUGGUUGGUUAUUUGAACGAUGCUGAACACAACGCGGCCUUGUGAACCACCAAGCAAAGGAUUUUCAUUUGAGAAUACACGCCGAAAUGCUGUGUUGGAGCAGAACUUGUCUGAGCAGGGCUUCAGUGCUCCAAAGGCAAGAAAAACAGGUACCACCAUUGCUGGACUCGUUUUCAAGGAUGGGGUGAUCCUUGGAGCAGACACAAGAGCAACAGAUGAUAUGGUCGUGGCUGAUAAGAACUGUAUGAAGAUUCACUACAUUGCUGAGAAGAUUUAUUGCUGCGGGGCCGGAGUGGCGGCGGAUGCAGAUAUCACCACGCAGAUGAUGUCAUCCAAUGUGGAGCUUCACACUCUGACCACAGGACGUCCACCCAUGGUUGCCAUGGUGACUCGGCAACUCAAACAGAUGCUGUUCAGGUAUCAGGGUCAGAUUGGUUCCUCAUUGAUUGUUGGAGGUGUGGAUGUUACAGGUGCUCACCUUUACAGUGUCUACCCACAUGGAUCAUAUGACAAGCUGCCCUUCCUCACCAUGGGCUCAGGGGCUGCCGCAGCUGUCUCCGUGUUUGAGGACCGCUAUAAGGCAAACAUGGAGCUGGAAGAGGCGAAGACUCUGGUGAGAGACGCCAUAGCAGCGGGGAUCUUCUGUGACCUGGGCUCAGGCAGCAAUGUGGACCUGUGUGUGAUAACGGAGAAAGGAGUGCAGUACCUGCGCGCGUUUGAUCAGCCAACACAGAAGGGGAAGAGGGAAGGUAAUUACAGAUACAAACCUGGGACUACAGCUGUUCUGUCCAAGACUGUGACUCCAAUCACACUCGACGUUGUUGAUGAGACAGUGCAGCUUAUGGAGACUCAGUGAAGAAUGCAAUGAGCGUAAUGCCAAGAUAUUAAUUUGUGGACAUUUGACAUCACAAUUCAUUUUGAAAUAAAGUUAUCCCAUUUCA